ACAGCGGGGAGGAAGUCACCCUAGUAAGUGCUGUGUUUUUCUGGUCCACUAAAAUGGCUGUUGUCGAGGAUGGGGACUAGCCUGUGAGCACUACACGCAUAUAAGGCGAGGAUUGAGAAGAGAACACCGAAGUGUGGAACAUUUAUAUUCGUUUUAUUAAAAGGUGCUGUGGUGUUGAGGGGAAGUAGCUGCAGCCAUGGACACCACCACCUCCAUCAAGAUGACCACUCUGGCCAUCCAGAACCUCUUCAGCUACGUGGAGGAGGAGAACCUGGCAGCGCUCAAGGCCCAUCUGGACAAGUUCAAGGAGGUGGACGGCAGGAGUGACAAUGGUCAGACACCCCUGAUGCUGGCUUCGGAGCAGGGCAGUAUUGAGAUUGUACAGGAGCUCAUCAGGAGAGGAGCCAAUGUUAACCUGGAUGAUGUGGACUGCUGGUCUGCUCUGAUCUGUGCUGCUAAGGAAGGCCAUGUAGAGGUGGUGAAGGAGCUGUUAGAAAGCAGUGCUUACAUAGAGCACCGAGACAUGGGAGGCUGGACGGCCCUCAUGUGGGCUGCCUAUAAAGGCCGCGUGGAGGUAACCGAGGUUCUCCUUGAGAACGGAGCCAACCCCAACACUACUGGGCAGCAAUACAGUGUGUACCCCAUCAUCUGGGCAGCAGGCAGAGGUCAUGCUGAGAUCGUCCAGGUCUUGCUGGAGAACGGAGCCAAGGUCAACUGCUCUGACAAGUAUGGUACCACCCCUCUGAUCUGGGCAGCCAGGAAGGGCAAUUUUGACUGUGUGAUGCACCUACUGGAGAAUGGAGCUGAUGUCGACCAGGAGGGGGCGAACUCGAUGACAGCUCUGAUCGUGGCAGUGAAGGGAGGUUUCCCUGAGGUGGUGAAGGAGCUUCUGAAGAGGAACCCUAACGUCAACAUGACAGACAAGGACGGCAACACAGCCCUGAUGAUCGCUGCCAAGGAGGGCUAUACUGAGAUAGUACAGGACCUGCUGGAUGCUGGCACCUACGUCAACAUACCAGACAGGAGUGGAGACACGGUGCUUAUCGGAGCAGUGAGAGGAGGACAUGUGGAGAUAGUGAAGGCUCUGCUGCACAAAUAUGCUGACAUAGACAUCAGAGGACAGGACAACAAGACAGCCCUGUACUGGGCUGUGGAGAAAGGCAACGCCACCAUGGUGAGAGAUAUCCUCCAGUGCAACCCCGACACAGAGACCUGCACCAAGGAUUUAGAGAGCCCUCUGAUCAAAGCUACUAAGAUGAGGAACAUUGACAUAGUGGAGCUUCUGCUGGACAAAGGAGCCAAGGUGUCUGCUGUGGACAAGAGAGGUGACACCCCCCUCCACAUUGCCAUCCGUGGGCGGAGCCGCAGACUGGCGGAGCUCCUCCUUCGUAACCCUAAAGAUGGCCGCCUGCUCUACAGGCCCAACAAGGCCGGCGAGACCCCCUACAACAUCGACUGCAGCCACCAGAAGAGCAUCCUCACCCAGAUCUUUGGAGCCCGUCACCUGUCCCCUACUGAGUCUGAUGGGGACAUGCUGGGUUAUGACCUGUACAGCAGUGCCCUGGCUGACAUUCUCAGUGAGCCCACCAUGCAGCCACCCAUCUGUGUGGGCCUGUACGCCCAGUGGGGCAGCGGCAAGUCUUUCUUGCUCAAGAAACUGGAGGAUGAGAUGAAGACGUUUGCUGGCCAGCAGGUGGAGCCGUUGUUCCAGUUCUCCUGGCUGGUGGGGUUCAUGUCCCUGCUGCUGUGUGGUUCUGUAGCUCUGGUCCUGGGCUUCACCGUCGACCCCAAGCUGGCCAUCGCUGUCUCCCUCAGCCUGCUGGCCUUGCUCUAUGUCUGCUUCGUGGUGGUGUACUUCGGCAGUCGUCGAGAGGGUGAGAACUGGAGCUGGGCGUGGGUGAUAAGUACUCGCUUGGCCCGACACAUCGGUUACCUGGAGCUGCUACUCAAACUGAUGUUUGUCAACCCCCCUGACCUGCCAGAGCAGACCACCCGCGCUCUGCCCGUUAGGUUCCUGUUCACUGACUACAACCGUCUGUCCAGUGUGGGAGGGGAGACCAGCCUGGCGGAGAUGAUAGCCACCCUGUCUGAUGCCUGUGAGAGGGAGUUUGGCUUCAUGGCCACCCGCCUCUUCAGGGUCUUCAAGACAGAGGAAUCACAAGGGAAGAAGAAGUGGAAGAAAACUUGCUGCGUUCCCUCCUUCGUCAUCUUCAUCUUAAUCCUGGGCUGCCUGAUCACUGGCAUGGCACUCCUCGCCGUCUUCAAGGUGGACGGGGCCAACCAGACGGUGAAUGCCGUGCUAAUCGCCAUGGCCUGCGCAGUGGGCCUGGCACUGGUGCUUAACUGCCGGACCUGGUGGCAGGUGGCCGACUCGGUGCUCAACUCUCAGAGGAAGAGGCUGCACAGCGCUGCCAACAAGAUGCACAAGCUCAAGAGCGAGGGCUUCAUGAAGGUGUUGAAGAAUGAGGUGGAGCUGAUGGCGAGGAUGGCUAAGACCAUUGAUGGCUUCACUCAGAACCAGACGCGUCUGGCUGUCAUCAUAGACGGCCUGGACUCCUGUGAACAGGACAAAGUACUGCAGAUGCUGGAUACGGUGAGAGUGCUCUUCUCCAAAGGCCCCUUCAUCUCCAUCUUCGCCAGCGACCCCCACAUCAUCAUCAAGGCCAUCAACCAGAACCUGAACAGCGUGCUCAGGGACUCCAACAUCAACGGUCAUGACUACAUGAGAAACAUCGUCCACCUGCCGGUCUUCCUCAACAGCCGGGGGUUGAGCAGCGCCAGAAAGAUGUGUGUGGCAGCGCCCGCUAACGGAGACACCGGAAACUCAGACGGUAAUCCAAACCAUUCAGACGGCUGGCAUGAGGAGCUGGACAGGAAGCUAUCCCAGCACAGCAUCGGGGAGAUGACCAAGUUUGGCAGCAAGACAACCCUGAACCGCAGGGACACGUACCGGCGACGCCAGAUGCAGAGGACGGUGACACGGCAGAUGUCCUUUGACCUGAGCAAGCUGCUGGUGACAGAAGACUGGUUCAGUGACAUCAGCCCCCAGACCAUGAGGAGGCUGCUCAACAUCGUCUCUGUCACAGGUCGUCUGCUGAGGGCAAAUCAGAUUAUGUUUAACUGGGACCGCCUGGCAUCGUGGAUCAACCUUACUGAGACGUGGCCCUACAGGACCUCCUGGCUCAUCUUGUUCCUGGAGGAGACUGAAGGCAUCCCUGACCAGGCCGCCCUCAAGACUAUCUACGAGAGGAUCUCCAAGAACAUUCCCACCACUAAAGACGUGGAGCCCCUGUUGGAGAUUGACGGGGAUGUGCGUAGCUUCGAGGUGUUCCUCUCCUCUCGGACACCCGUCCUCAGUGCACGCGACAUCAAAACCUUCCUACCCUGCACCGUCAACCUCGACCCCAAACUACGAGAGAUCAUCGCAGACGUGCGUGCUGCCAGGGAACAGAUGAGCAUCAGAGCGGUGACCUAUCCCAGCCUGCCCCUGCAGGAGGCUGCUCCCCGCCCCACCUCCGUCUACAGCCAGCAGUCAGGCAUGUCCGCCUGCUCCCCCUCCACCUCCUUCAACGGGCACUUCAACCCCCCAGGUCUGGUGUCCCCACCGCCCCACAGCAGCAACUACAGUGGUAUGGCUGGCCCCCAGCACCCCUUCUAUAACAGGCCAUAUUUCCCCCAUCAUGUUUACCAGCUGCCACGGCAGUAUGUGGGCAGUUUCCCUGUUCAUGCUCCUCCACCACGCCCAUUCCCACUUAAAAGUGGCUUUCCCCGGGAUCCGAGCAGUGGACUCUUUAAGGUACCGUCUUUGAAAAAGAAGCAGGGUUCAGCCUCGGUGGUGUCGGGGACACCGGCCAUCCUCCUGAGCUCCAUGAACACAGACACAGUGUGUGAACGUGUCAAACAUAUCGAGGGUAUCGACCAGAGCAUGCUGGCCCAGUACACUGCCACCAUUAAGAAGGCUAAUGUGAAUGGCAGAGUUCUGACCCAGUGCAACAUUGAUGAGCUGAAGAGUGAAAUGAAAAUGAACUUUGGAGACUGGCAGCUCUUCAGAGGAACCGUGUUGGAGAUGCGUCACGUGGAGAGCCAGGUGCUUCAUGAGGAGGCUCCCAGUGAGGUGGACAGCAGUGUGGUGGGCCACGGGGAACCGAGGCGCCAGGUCGCCCCGCCCCACGCCGGCACCGCCAACCUCGACGCCAACUCACCCAUGUACAGCUUCAACCUGAGCUUUGAGGAACUGAGCAAUGUGGGACUGGAUGAGCCUCCCAGGCACAGCAACAACACAUGGAUGGCCCCCACCCACCGCACCCCCAGCAUGUCCAGCCUCAACUCCCAGGAGUCGUCCAACGACAUCGUCAAGCUGACGGAAAAGCAGCAGUCGGAGUACCGCAACGCCUACCAGGAGUACAUCGCCCAGAUGGCCACGCUGGAAGUAGGCGGAGGAGGGGGAGAGAAGCCCGUCCAGCCCCACCCCAACCAGUUCAUGACCUCUGUCAGCUCCGAGGACAAAACCAAGGACAAGGCUACCACCAAGAGAAGCACCUCCAAGCUUCCUGCCGUGGACGCCCCGGAUUUCACCACCGCCGAAGCCCCCCUGGACCCCAUCACAGAGGAGGACGAGAAGCAGGACCCCCAUGGCUCCUCCAAGACCCUGCUCGGACGCAAGGCGCCCGGGUCCAGUGACCGGGGGAGCGGCCUGUUUCAGGGAGCAGCCGACCUCAAGAUGAAGACCGGCGGGCUGCCCUACCAGAAGCUCACCAGCGAUGACGAGGAUUCAGAGAACUCCGACGCUCCUCUCUUGGGGGAUGCGAAAAAGCCAGGUGACCCCAAAGCAUCCUCCCUGGCUCUGGCUAAGGGUAAAGAAUACCUGUCUGAUGCCAUGCUGGAUAAGAAGGAUUCGUCUGACUCCGGCAUGCGCUCCAACGAGAGCUCGCCCAACCACUCCCUGCAGGACGAGGAAGCUGACCUGUCCCAGCUGGAGCAGGCCAACCUGAUCGAGCUGGACCAGGAGGACAGCCAGAGCCGGGCGGCCAGUAAGAGGGGUCUUCCCAGCAGCCUGAGUGGUCUCCAGGACCCAGCUGUGGCCCGCAUGUCCAUCUGCUCUGAGGACCAGUGCAGCCUGCUGGCCAGCAGCCCCGAAGAGAGCUGGCCCUCGUCCAAGAGCUACAACCUCAACCGCACGCCCAGCAACACCACCCUUAACAACAACACCAACGCCCAGCAGCAGGGGAACCAGCAGCGUUGCCAGGGACAGAGGGCUCCAAUGGGGUCCACCGACACCACCUGUUCCACCCCUACAUCCUCCUCCAUCAGCGAGGUCAUCAUCUCCCCGGGUUCCGGCACCACCAGUACCACCACCAAGCCCGGCCCGCACAACGAGAACGUGCGCGUGGUGCACCUGAAGAGGGGGCUGAACCCCGGGGAUCCUCCGGAGAUCACCACCGUGUCCUCCGACACCGUCACUUUCGGAGAGGAGCGCGAGAGCAUCCUGUGAGCCCCCCCGCCCAUCUCAUUCCCAGGAGAGCACUUAGUCAGUAGAUGUUUGGUGUGGUAAUCUGACAAUGCAUGCGUAGCAAGGUACCGUAGCUAGCUAAAUGGGUAAAUAAAUGAUGUUAGUGCUUGGUGUGCACUAAGUAGAUAGCCUUGUUAAACCAGCCUGAUCUGGCAACCUCACAUUCUGUUACAGGAGAGCGCAGCGGUUAGUCUGAUUUCACCAGGCUACUAAGUAGAGGUAGCUCACUGAGAUGUUGUACUCUGUAUUUGUAUCGUCUAAAGUGAAGUGAAGUGACCUCUACUAAUUGUCUUGAUAUUCUCUAGAGGUGAAGGUAGCUAGCUACGUACACUGUAAAAAAAAUAAGAUCUUUAGAUCAACCUAAUUUACUUCACCUCUGGUAAAAACAACAACAUUAUUAUGACAAAUAUAUGAUUCAAUGCCAACUGUUAUAUUUCAUUAUAUUUGACGUUGUUACCUGUUUAUUUCAACACUAAACCUACAUUUCCCCUUUGGUUAAACUUAAUAUAACAAAUCCCCAAAAUAUUUAAUGACAAUACAACCAAUUUUUUUUUAUCUUGUUCCUAGUUCACUUUUUAAUUUGGAAUUACCUAUCCACAUUUCUUCUGUGUUACAAGCCAUUUAAAUCAACAAGCUAAAAAAUAAGAAAAUAAAAAAUAAUUUUUAAAAUAAUUUUGCCAAACUAAAGACCUUCACAUUUCGGAACCACAAUAUCAUAACCAAGCAAUGGCUACCAUCACAUAGAAAAGUUAUCAGGCGCUUUAGUAUCAUUACAGAUGAGUGUACAAGAUUAAGUUUGAAUAACAAAUACAAUAGACCACCUCAACUGGAAUGACAUUCACUUUCAGGGGGGGGCAAAAAUAACCAAAUGAAAGCCACGCCUCUGCAACUCUUCUGAUUGGCUGCCGUCGCUACAUUGCCCCUACCGCUAUUCAAUGUGCAUGAGGUGUUGAAAGCAAUUUAGAAGCUUUUAUUCAAAUUUUAAAAAUCACAUUGAUCUGACAAAUUCGUUAUUUGAGUUCAGACAAAUUGAUAGAACAGGUUGAAUUAACCAAAGUGUAAAUUGCGAUCAUUCCAAUCAGUAAAAGCACUUAACAGGGCCGUCCCAUUUUUUACAGUAUAAUUUAUAACUUAACUACGUACAGUGACUAACUAUCUGUUUAUUGUUUUGCACUACAACAAGCAUGGUAGCCUGGGUGUCAGUCUGUCUGUGCCAUCUCGCCAACUCCUUGUCAUGCCAAUGGCUUGACAAUGAGCAAGAACACAAACAGAUCUGGGACCAGGCUACAAGCAUGCCUCAACAGUGUUAAUAUUAGCUGCUGCUGCCUAUGUGUGUCAACAAGUGAUGUAUUGAGCUUGUGGGUGGGUAAAAGAGAAGAUACCUGGUAUAGAUGAAGAAUGAAUGCAUAUGAACACGUGAGCCAAAUGAACAAAAUUGUGUGUGGGAUGUUUUUGUCUUGUCUCAGCAAAUGACAUGGAGGAGAGUCAACUAAACUAUUCGUCUCAUUGCAAAAGCCACAGGGCUUUCAACUAUUUUACCUUCCUAUGGGCCCUGGUCCAAAGUAGUGCGCUAUCGGUGGAAUAGGGUGCCAUUUGGGACCCAUCUCCUGCCAACACGAACAAAAAUGUUGGAUAAAAGGGAGGGACGUUGACACUAAUAUGUUACAAUAAUAGCAAUUUAACAACUAUUUAACAACGAGAAGUAAUCUUCAGAAAAAGUUAUUGAUCUCUGCAGAAUUCAGUUGCUGACUCUUCUCCAUAUGAUACAUGGGACUGUAUGUAUGCUGCUUUGUCAUGAACAGUGGUUGUAAAGUUAUUUGGUUUAUUACAUGUUGUCAGGGCCUGUCUCUUCCCGUAACGUAGUAGAGGCCCCAUUUGUGAAUCCGAUGCCAUUAAAUGUACAUUUGAAUUAAAAAGAUAUAAAAUGUACACUUAAUGGCUACAGUAAAGAUAGGUGUUGCAUGCCUACCUAAUGAACUGUACAUUGCAUGUGUAAAUGAGUUUGCAAAUAUCAAAGAGUGCUCUCCUAUGUGUUGCAUGUGUCUUAACCUGCCAGAUGAUAACCAUGUGGGAGAAGAACACGAGAUAUUCUAUCUAUGAAGGGAAAGAAGUGAAUGGUGCCGUCAGACAUUAUCUGACUGAAAAAUAAAACCUGGAUGUUGACCUUC